AUGUGAGCCUCCAGAAAACUCCACACACACAGGGACGCUAACCUGCGGUACCUCCUCAACCCCCGUCCCCACGUCAGACUAAUCUGUCUUUAUUAAGCUUGGGCAAAGCACAAAGGAAUCUGUUGAAUCAAUGACCGAAACGUAGCUGGGAACUGAGACUGCAAUGGAAAAAUGAAGCAGACUUUAUUGAAAUGCAGACCUGGCAGUGAGACUAUCAAACGUGAAAACCUUUCGGAUGGUGAAGAAAUGAAAAAGGGACAGGGCGUGAAAUACCAGAGGGAGGAGCGAGAUAUCUGUUGAAUAGUUUUCUCAGAACGCACGUUGCUCCUAACUAAGCGAAAUUAUGAAAAAUAAGAGAAAUGCAAACUUGGAUUACAUAAUGGAUUGGUCGCAACUGCUGGAUUAACAACAUGAAAUUUGACGGACUGAGAAGCGCAUGGACAAAGUCAGUACACUCGAACUAAAAGGAUAAUUUGGGAUUUGCCUUUUCAUAUCAAGCUUUGCUUGAAUUAUACUCCGCUGAAACAUAAUAUAAGUUACCCACUCUGCGAACUCUUAUUUAGAUUAUUUUGACAAUAGGAGUGUGAAUAGAAGAAGCCAUGCAUCUAGGCAGAGCAGUUUUGUUUUUCCUAUUGCUUAACUGCGUAACCAUGACAUUAUCACUAUCCACUUGUACAACUGUGGACAUCGAUCACAUUAAAAAGAAGAGAGUGGAGGCGAUCCGGGGACAGAUUCUUAGCAAAUUGCGACUUACCAGCCCACCACAGGCCCUGGGUCCGAAUCAUGUCCCAUUUCAGGUACUGGCGCUUUACAAUAGUACGAGGGAACUAAUAGAGGAAUUGGGACUGCACCGACAGCAAAGCUGUGGACAAGAUAACACGGAGACGGAAUACUACGCAAAGGAGAUAUACAAGUUCAAUAUGAUUCAAGGACUACCAGAAAACAAUGACCUCCCUUACUGUCCCAAGGGAAUCACCUCCAGAGUGUUCAGAUUCAAUGUGUCAGCGAUGGAGAAAAACUCCACCAACUUGUUCCGUGCAGAGUUCCGUGCAUUGCGGGUGCCCAACUCUAGUGCUAAGAAGAAUGAGCAACGCAUUGAGAUGUACCAGAUCCUUCGGCAGGAUGAACACAUAGCCAAACAGCGCUAUAUUGGGGGAAAGAACGUCUUGACCAAAGGGGCUCCGGAGUGGGUGUCCUUUGAUGUGACUGAGACAGUGAGGGAAUGGCUCACCAACAGAGACUCUAACCUGGGUCUGGAGAUCAGUGUCCACUGCCCAUGCCACACCUUCAAUCCCAACGGUGACAUCACUGAAAAUGUCAAUGAGGUACUAGAUGUCAAGUUUAAAGGAGCGGAAGGUGAAUAUGAGGAGAAUAGCCGCUGGGACCUUGGGCACCUGAAGAAGCAGAAAGAACAGCUCCUGCCUCACCUGAUCCUCAUGAUGCUCCCACCCCAUAGGUUGGAUGCUCAGGCAUCGUCUCGGAGACGCAAGCGGGCACUGGACACAAACUACUGCUUCAAUAAUUAUGAAGAAAACUGCUGCGUGAGGGAGCUCUAUAUUGAUUUCCGCCGGGACCUAGGUUGGCGUUGGAUCCAUGAGCCCAAAGGCUACUAUGCCAACUUCUGCUCAGGGCCUUGUCCUUACCUUCGCAGUGCUGACAACACACACAGUUCGCUUCUGAGCCUGUUUAACACUCUAAACCCCGAGGCCUCUGCCUCUCCCUGCUGCGUGCCUCAGGACCUGGAGCCUCUCACUAUCCUCUACUAUGUGGGCCGAACCCCCAAGGUGGAACAGCUCUCCAACAUGAUUGUCAAAUCCUGCAAGUGCAGCUGAGAUCUCUGAUCUGGGCCCGCCAAGCAGGUUCGGACCUGAGCCAACAUCCACGGUAGAAGAGAGAGAGAGAGAAGGAAAGGUGAAGAGAAAAAAAGAGAGAAGGGUACGAAUGUGAGUGAAAAAUAUAGAGAGGGAGGAAAAGGAGAAACAAAGAGGGGGGAAAACAAGCUUGGCUCAGGCAGACUAUAUCUCAGCUUGGCUCAGCCAGACUAUAUAUCAGCUUGGAUUUUGCUGGGAUAUUUUCUGGAAGCCCUUUACCAAGGAGAGCUUAGUGCCCCACAAUUUCAGUUCCACAAGUCACUGAAUGAAAAGUGGUUUGUUUAAUUGAGAACAUCAAACUGCUUGUGUUAUUUACCGAGUAAUGCUGGACGACUAGUGGUCAAUGGCUGAUUCAGUUGCUUCUGGUCCGCAUGUAUUUCUGGUCUAUGACCCCAUCUGACACCACUAACCCAAAAAAGUAGAAUGGAGUCUCCAGAUCACAGUGAACAUUAAGUGAGAUUAAUGGGAAAGCACACCAAGGUAAGGGAGAAGUUGACACUAAAAGAAUACCUCUCUGCACCUUGCUUACUCUUAAAAACAAUAUGGGACACAGUAUUGAAACACCUCUCUCUUACUAAUCUCCAUGCCUUAUAUGUGUGCUUCAGUUGUUAUUUCUAUUCAACCAUUUUGAACUCUGCCUCACAUCCAAACUGGAAAUUAAAAAAAUGUGUAACCAUGAAAGACAAGAGAAAAGGCAGUGAUUCCCUGUAGUCUGCACUGAUUAUUUAGAGAAAUAAAUGACAUUGAACUAAAACAGAACAAAAUUAUGGAAAAACAUGCUGGAAAUGGAAAACAAGAUUAAAACAUAAUAAAACCAAACAAGUUGAUGGACAUAUUUAAUUCCUGUUAUUAAACCGAAUUGUGUUUUUUCGGGGUUGAUUUUUUUUUUUUUUUUUAUGAGUGAAUCUAGACCACAAACUGUUAGUGCCUUUAUUAUCCUUUAAAUAACUU